AUGUGGCGAGAUUACUUAUUCGCAUUGGCUGCUCUGCCCAUGACAGCCAUGUGCGCGAAAGAAGGACAAACCGCCAAAGAAGCCUGCACCAAUUUGAAUGAGAAACACUCCGACAUCACCUAUGGUGGUCUGCAUCCGAAAUAUAUCAAUGCGAAUACAGAAUACUAUACAUCCAGCGCGUGGCUCGGACCCGCCUGUGUCUUCGAACCAACAACCAACGCCCAGCUCAGCGAUGCAGUGCAGAUCCUCAAGAACCUGAGCACCCCGUUUGCGAUCCGAGGAGGCGGACACAUGCCGAUUGCCGAUGCCGCGAAUAUUAAUUCGUCAGGCGUGCUGAUCUCCAGCUUCGGGUUGAACCAGCUGAAGCUGUCUGAAGAUCAGUCCACGGUCAACGUCGGACCGGGAAAUCGAUGGACGAACAUCUAUGAUUAUCUUGAGCCGUAUGGUCUGACCGUUGUCGGGGGUCGAUUGGGUCAUGUUGGCGUUCCGGGAUAUGUUCUCGGUGGUGGGGUGUCGUUCUUUAGUAACGAGUAUGGAUGGGCGUCUGCGAAUGUUGCUAGUUUCACGUGCGUUCUCGCCUCGGGCAAAAUUAUCAAAGCCACCCCGGACAACGAAUAUUCGGACCUCUUCUGGGCUCUACGAGGCGGGUCCAGUUCCUUCGCACUGGUCACGAACUUCGAGCUCAAGACGAUCAAAGCCCCAGGGGUGAUGGUCGGGCAGGCAUCGUACGGCUCCGACGUCGCCGAAGAAUUCAUCUCGGCCGUGCACGACUUCACCAUGUCAGCGCACAAAGACCCCAAAGCAGCCUCGAUCCCACUCGUCGAGUAUAUCCCUGCGCUCGGAAAACCAAGCUACAACGCGAUGUUGUUUUACAACGGCAAGAAUGAGACCCCUGGCGCGCUGAGCAGUUUCCUAGAGAACCCAGACAUGAAGCCGUCGUCGAACAGCUUCAAGUAUCGCUCGAUGAGCCAGUGGUCGAAGGAGUUGGAUCCAGCGAUGGGAUUGAUUAAGGGAAGUAAGCAGCGAUUCUAUGUGUUGAAUAUCCACGCCAAGGAUAAGAAGGCGAUCAAGAUCGUUCAUGAUACCUAUCUGGCGGUCGCGAAGGAGAGCAUCCCCAGUGGAGUCCUGGUCGCUGCGCUGGCCUUCCCCGCCGUCACGGAGAAGUACAUCACCGCGUCGCGGGUGAAUGGUGGCGAUCCGCAGAGUCUGGAUCUUGCCGGUGCGCCGUAUAUCUGGGUGGAAGAGAGCAUUACGUCGUUGGCGACGGUCAAGGACGAGGAUGUCGAUGCGUUCUAUGAGAAGGCGAAUGCGGAGAUUAUGAAGAAUCUGGACGCCGCGGGGAUCGAAAUGGCGAAGUUCAUUUAUCUCAAUGAUGCCAAUCCGUCGCAGAAGAUUUUCGAUACUUUUGACCCCGAGAAUGUUCAGCGGUUGAAGAAGAUUCGGGCCAAGUAUGAUCCUGCGAGAGUGUUUACAGAUCUGAUGCCGGGUGGAUUCAAGGUCGAGCGGGACUAA